AUGCCCGCACAGAAGAUUGAUAUCCAUGCCGAUGAGGUUUUGGAAGACCAUACGCAAUCGGAAUAUGAGGGGAAUUCCGAAGACAGCGACAAUGUGAAUAGCGAGGGAGACUCUGGUUCCGAGUCGGACUCUUUGGAUAGUGUGGGAUCGAGAAAACGUAGGAGAAUAUAUGCGGUCGACGACGACGAUGAGGAGAAAGAGGAUCAGCCGCGAAUAGCUAUUUCCACCUUGCCAUCGAGGAUCAAUAAGAGCAAAACGACACCCACGCCAAAUUUACCAAGUCUAACCAGUCAAAUCACCAAUGGAAUACUGGCUCCCACCGACCCGAACACCACUUUCGCAUCGCUGGACGUAAAGCCAUGGCUGGUUGGUAGUUUGAACAACAUGGCAAUCAAGAGACCAACCGGAAUUCAAAAAGGAUGUAUACCAGAAAUUUUGAAAGGAAGGGAUUGCAUUGGAGGUAGCAGGACGGGUUCUGGAAAGACGGUCGCAUUUGCUGUACCGAUAUUGCAAAAAUGGUCAGAAGAUCCAUUUGGAAUAUUUGCAUUAGUUUUGACGCCUACAAGGGAACUUGCGCUCCAAAUAUUCGAACAAUUCAAGGCCAUUUCAUCCCCGCAAAGUCUCAAAGCAGUCCUCAUCACUGGAGGUUCAGACAUGCGGCCACAAGCAACAGCACUAGCUCAACGACCACACGUCGUAAUAGCAACCCCAGGAAGAUUAGCAGACCACAUCCGUACCUCUGGUGAAGACACCAUCUGCGCCCUCCGAAGAGUCCGCAUGGUCGUCCUCGAUGAAGCCGAUCGUCUCCUAGCCGGCGGAAUGAUAGGCAGCAUGCUCCCCGACGUCGAAGAAUGCUUCUCCGUCCUCCCACCCCCCUCAAAACGACAAACUCUCCUCUUCACCGCAACCAUCACGCCCGAAGUCCGCGCGCUCAAAGAACGACCAUCAACCCCCGGCAAACCACCCGUCUUCAUCUGCGAAGUCGACACACAAAAACUCGCCAUCCCCCCCUCCUUAAGGCAAAUGCACCUCCAAAUCCCCAUCACCCACCGCGAACACUACCUCCACAUGUUCCUCCUCACGCCCCUCAACCUCCCCAAAUCCGCCAUCAUCUUCUGCAACCGCACCUCCACCGCCGACUACCUCACCCACCUCCUCCGCCUCCUCGACCACCGCGUCACAGCCCUCCACUCGAAACUCCCACAGCGCCAGCGCGUCGACAACCUCGGUCGUUUCCGCGCCUCCGCCGCCCGCAUCCUCGUCGCCACGGACGUCGCCGCCAGAGGUCUCGAUAUCCCCGAGGUCGGGCUCGUCAUCAACUACGACAUCCCGCGCGACCCGGACGAUUACAUCCACCGCGUCGGCCGUACCGCGCGAGCGGGGAGAAAGGGCGACGCGGUGACGUUUGUAGGGCAGCGGGACGUGGAGCUCGUGCAGGCGAUCGAGGGGCGUGUAGGACGGGAGAUGCAGAGGUGGGAGGAGGAGGGCGUGAAUCUGGAGACGAGAGUUGUGCGGGAGGCGUUGAAGUUGGUUGGGGAGAAGAAGAGGGAGGCCAUGUUGGAGAUUGAGGAGGGGAGGGAGGUGGGGGGGAAGAGGAAGAGGGGAAUGAGGAAGUUGGUUAAAUAG